UACAGCUGCAUACUCGACCUGAUACCCAUCGGCAUAUCUAUGAGCUACUUGGAUAUGAAUCUAGAACUUCCCGGAGGCGAUAAUCUUCGUGAUGUUACCACCCUUUUUCUCGAAGCUGCAAGCGCCAUGGAACCGGGCAGUAUGGUUGUGAUAGACGAAUUUCAGCUGCAGGAUGCGAUGAGCGCAAUUGAAAUCGGUGAACCGCGACUUGACACUGGGAUGAGGCUCGAGAAAGACCACAAAGUACCCUUCCAUCCGUUAACGCCUCUGUUACCAGAAGAAAUUUGUUGGAUAAUUGAUAGAGCAUUUGCGUACGAAAUAGAAUGGCACUCAGCGAAUACGCUUUCCCACACAGUUUUCACACUGUUAUACGUGCAUUGUCUUCAAGAGAUUGACCCUGAUCUACUACCCUAUCUUCUCAAUGCCGACCCUCAACGCCCCAUGGAACUCAUAACCGUUGUUUUGCGCGCGUUUGUAUCCGGUUUACUGAAAUGCUGCGACUUGUCAUGGAAGGAAUUAAUAAGGGGAGGCCUUAAUGAUACCGAAGAUUGGCAUAGCGAAAAAUGUGAAGUUUCGCUGUUAGAAGGAUGGCCUGUUCAAGCGGCGAAGGUACGGUUGGAUGAAGCGUUAAGGUGGCUAUCAACUACUACGAAAGUCCCUUCACUUUGGUGCCAAGCUCUUACAGAUCGGCUCUUACUUCGAAAGUCCAUACUGGAAGUGAUGGACCAUGGUGUUCACAACAUGGAAGAUAUCCGACGACUACUUGAGGUGGCUCAACACCACCUAUUCCAGAUUCGAUCCAAGGCUCCCCCGCCUGACCCCCUUGAAGAUUCUCUAGCGCGUCGGGCAUUCAAUCCAUACAUCUCCAGACGACUUAACACAUUUUUACCAAUCAGAGUCCUUGAAUUACCAAGUUCCAGCGAGAGUUGGGAGAAUUGGGGAAACUUCCUCGGAGGAUAUGGCGAAAUGGUAGCAUUAUCCGAAACGCAUGAAGUUUUGAGCUGGGAACUCGUCGCCAAUUUGCGUACAUGGCUUCGCUCUCCACCGCUUCGGCAUGGGUACAUCAGAUCGUCCAUACAAUCGGUAUUUCACGAUGGCAUCCAAGUGUUGUACAACUUCCCAUCAACGUGGCUCCUGCAAAGAUUCUUCCACGAAACUCUCGGGAUAGAUUACUCCGAGUUUGCCGUCGCUUGGGGUGGACAUAGUAGCCCUAGACUGGUGGAGAUGGAAAGAGCGUUGAUCAAGACCGUCAUUCCUCAUAUCAAAGGCUUGUGGUUUAAUCCACCGCGAAGGAGAAGAUUGUUGGCAAACGCGCUAUUGGAGUGGCAUAUGGUUUACGAUAUGCUUACUAUCAUGGUGGACUCAGUCGAUAUCCGGCCUGCUUCCUCGCUUGUUUUUAAAAUGCCUUCCGCGGCACUUCUGUGGCGGCUUUCGACAAUGAGGGAGGUGAUUUUGUCAGGAUUUCAGCUGCAAUUGUACAGUCCCGCAGAACGCCCGUUUGCAUAUCUUUACGCUUCCCAAGUCAUUGACGUCCAUCUCUCAACGAUAGAGAACGUGAUGACGAUUGUACCUCCUGAAUCCCAAGCACGACAAGAGAUGGAGUUUCAGCAGAGUUUCCUCACCGCGUUACAGCUCAUGUGCACGGCCAUGUUCUCAAUUCUGUCCCAACUUCCGACCGAAAGCUCAUGGAUCACGCUUCGUGAGGGUAUAUUACGAAGAUACAAAUGGGCUUUCAAAUCCGAAUAUGAUGAUUAUGAAACCCCACCGGCUGCACACCCAAAUCUGGAGACAUAUAUAGCGGAGGUGUACUCGAUGAAUGAAGAUGUCAGCUUUUCCCCAUCGGAUUCGUUUAAAUUCGCGCACAAUAUUCUGGAACAUCUAGUGAAGGAUCGCAGCGGUGGUGGAUGGGCGAAGCAUUGGAAAGAUGAGAGAUUACAGGUCGUGCAAGGCCUUAUGAACGCGUGCGAGGAGCUGGGACACCUACGCAGAAAAGAUAGUGAUUCUGUCAAGCUGUUAGAUUGGGGGAUCGAAUCGAAUCCAUCUCCGUGGUUCCCUUCCCUGCAGCACCGCUAUAGUCUCGCCUAGCCAGACUCUACCUAUAACGAGCUCCUCGGUUGAAUUUGAUGAUCGCUGUAAUAUGAAGCACCGCUAGGCCAUCC